CAUUUGCAUCGGUCAAAGGCGGAACGCCGUAAUGAAGAGUCGUCUCCGAGUGACGCCUUCACUCCGAAGGAUAAAAAAAAACGUUUAGCAGGUAAAAUGGGGACAUAUCUAUGGGCGUGCCCGUUAACCCCCACCCCCAACCCCAUCUUCCUUUCCCUGCUUUUGUAAAGUGAAAGCGCGUGGAUCCAGCAAAAUGGUAUGAAUAGAUGCGAUACGUACUACCCGCUAUCCUCUCAUCUUGAUGCUUUGCUGUGAUGUCUUUAUUUUUUUGGUCAAGGGAGGAGUUCCCUGCGACGAAGAUUUCGAGUGUCUUUACUCAAGUUGCUUAUUGAAUGGAAAAACGUUUUUUAGAGCUUUUCUCUCGAUUGCAAACAAGAGAUAUAAAUGGUGUGUCACGAAAUCCGUUUACGUGGCGAUGACAGUUUUUCUUACUGGCUGAAAAAAAAACAACAAGAAGAUAUCUUCUGUUCGCGUAUGUGGGUGUGGAAUUUUCGAGUAAAACGAUACAUUAUCGGGAUACAUAAUGCAAUGGCGCAAAUUGGCCUUGAAACAAAUUCAUAGGGAGACGUUUCAUUAGAAAUGGAAUAAGCUCAAUUGCUACAACGAAUCUGUUGGCUGCAAUAAUAUGUUCUUCUCUAAUGUUUUAACAUUUGUUAUCAUGCAGGUGGUUCUACUAAACAUUUGCAUCGGUCAAAGGCGGAACGCCGUAAUGAAGAGUCGUCUCCGAGUGACGCCUUCACUCCGAAGGAUAAAAAAACUCGUUUAGCAGGUAAAAUGGGGACAUAUCUAUGGGCGUGCCCGUUAACCCCCACCCCCAACCCCAUCUUCCUUUCCCUGCUUUUGUAAAAUAAAAAUGCGUGGAUCCAGCAAAAUGGCAUGAAUAGAUGCGGUACGUACUACCCGCUAUCGUUUCAUCUUGAUGCUUUGCUAUGAUGUCUUUAAGUUUUUAGUCAAGCAAGGGGUUCCCAGCGACGAAGAUUUAGAGUGGCUUUACCCAAGUUGCUUGUUGUAUGAAAAAGAGUCUUUUUUAAGGUUUCGCUCGAUUGCAACUAGAGAUAUAGAUCAUAUGUGACCAAAUCCGUUUAUCUGGCGAUGACUCGGCUUAAAAAAAAAAAAAAGAAGAAGAACAAGAUAUCUUCUGUUCGCGUAUGUGGGCGUGGAUUUUUCGUGUAAAACGAUGCACUGUAGGGAUGCACAAUACAAUGGCACAAAUUGGACUUAAAACAAAUUCAUAAGGAGACGUUUCAUUAGAAAUGGAAAAAGCUCAAUUGCUACAAUGACUCUGUUGGCUGCAAUAAUAUGUUCUUGUGUAAUGACUUAACAUUUAUUAUCAUGCAGGUGGUUCUACUAAACAUUUUCGUCGGCGAAAGGUGAAACGCCGUGAUGAAGAGUCGUCUCCGAGUGACGCCUUAACUGCGAAGAAAAGAAAAGCUCGUUUGGCAGGUAAAAUGACGACAUAUCUAUGGGCGUGCCCGUUAACCCCCCACCCCCACCCCCACCCCCAACCUCAUCUUCCUUUUUCCUGCUUUUGUAAAAGAAAAGUGCGUGGAUCCAGCAAAAUGAAAUGAAUAGAUGCGGUACGUACUACCCGCUAUUCUCUCAUCUUGAUGCUUUGCUGUGAUGCCUUAACGUUUUAGUCAAGCAAGUAGUUCCCAGCGACGAAGAUUUAGAGUGGCUUUACCCAAGUUGCUUAUUGUUUAAAAAAUAGUUUUUGAGAGCUUUUCGUUCGAUUGCAAACUAGAGAUAUAAAUGAUAUAUCACCAAAUCCGUUUACGUGGCGAUGACAGUUUUUCUUACUGGCUGAAAAAAAAAAGAACAGAAUAUCUUCUGUUUGCGUAUGUGAGCGUGGAUUUUUCGUGUAAAAUGAUGCACAGUAGGGAUACAUAAUGCAAUGGCGCGAAUUGUUCUUGAAGCAAAUUUAUAAGGAGACGUUUCAUGAGGAAAGGAAAUAGGUCCAUUGCUACAAUAAAUCUGUUGGCUCAAAAAAAUCUGGUCUGAUUAAUUUUCUUUUACAUUUGUUAUAAUGCAGGUGGUUAUAUUAAACAUUCGCGUCGGUCAAAGGUGAAACGCCGUGAUGAAGAGUGGUCUCCGAGUGACGCCUCAACUCCAAAGAAAAGAGGUAAAAUGAGGACAUAUCUAUGGGCGUGCCCGUUAACCCUCCAACCCCAUCUUCCUUUUCCCUGGUUUUGUAAAAUAAAAAUGCGUGGAUCCGGCAAAAUGGCAUGAAUAGAUGCGAUACGUACUACUCGCUAUCCCCUCAUCUUAAUACUUUGCUGUGAUGUCUUUAUGUUUUUAGUGAAGCAAGGAGUUCCCAGCGACGAAGAUUUAGAGUGGCUUUCACAGAAACUCGAAAAAUGGAAGACAGUCGGGCGUCGUCUAGAAAUUGAGGAAGCAAGAUUAACGGCGUUUGAUAAUGAAAAUAGGGAAUGCUCUGAAAAAAUCUACAAAAUGUUAGUACAUUGGAAAGAGAGGAAUGGCUCAACUGCAACAUACACGAUCCUACAUGAUGCACUGUGUCAUCCAAUGGUUAAUCGCACAGAUUUAGCUGAGCAACUUAUCACUGGUAAUGUAUCACUUAUCUUGCAAUUCAAUAAAAAUACAAUUACAUACAGGUACAGUGCCUAAAUUCACAGACACCAUGCUUUUUGGUCACUGUAUCUUCUGUUCGUUUAGAAUAACGUGAGCAGCUUAUGAGAACUUGAAGACCAACAGUGGAGUUAAAUAUAUAUCAGAAAACUGAUAAACAUAGGCAUUCUUUGUUUUUCAAUCGCAUUGCUGUUAAAAUUCACUUAAGUAGUUCUAAUUCCAAUUUUGAGGUUAGGGUUAUUAGUCUUAAAUGAAAUCUUUUAUCUUUCGUCUUUGAUCAUAGGUAUUACAAAUCGUUGAUUAAACGCGCUUAUCAACUACUCUCCAGACUCUUGCGUAGUAAGAUGACCCCAAAUUUUCUUUAUUUACCUUUCUGCGAAAUACCUCACUGUUACUGACCAGUUUAAAACAUUGAUGAGAUCUAAAUCUUAGCAUUUAUUCCCUCCCAAUGAAUUUCAAUGCUUCAAGUCAGAUAAUUUUCCUUUUCUCUUUUAUUCCGUGUGCGGGCUCACACGAGAUUUUCAUCUUCAAUCAGCACUUAUUUCGACUCCUCCUUGUUACCCAUUUCACAAAUUUAGUGAAGUGUAUUUUAAUUCUCAUAAUAGUAUAAAUUUCUUCUAUCUUUUGCAGACAUUUCAACAGGAGAGCAGGGUUGUAAAAGUGGCGUCCAUCAAGGUAAUAAAGGUAUUGUAACUAUCAAGUGAAUAAAUUUACAUACUAAGCUUUCGUUUUAAUAACUUAUAUUAUACUUAUAGCGGUAGAGUGUCCGAGCGCAGAAUCUGAAGGUGUUAGGUUCUAUUCCUGGUGAGGACUCAAAAUUUUUCCUUUGUCUUACGCUCGUGACAAGACAGUCAAACUUCUUUCCUUUCCCUUUUCUUAUAACAAUUUGUCAUUCUUGUUCAAGAAAAAGUACUGCGGUUUUUUGUAUUUGCUUUGGCCGCUUCCUUUCCCAACGUUAUUGAUCCAUGAUAAAAUAAAUGCUGGAAAUUUAAUCUUCCCUCCAAUUUCAAAAGAGCUACCGACAAAGGGAAAAAUAAAGGAACAGAGUGUGGGUGGGUUUUUUGCCGGGAAGGGGGGGGGGGGGGGGGGAAAAGGGAGGGGAAGGGGGCGUUGGCAGGGGUUAAUUAUCUUAAUCCUUUCAUGCCAAGAAAGCUGUACUUGAGUUCGUGUGAUGUUAGAAACUUGGCAUCGUGUGCAUAGUUAGCAUAGUUAUUCCUUCAAUAAAAGUUAAAUUCCUUUUCUUCUAUUUUUCUUAGAACCGUUGAAUGUUGAGAAGUGUCAAGAGCAGCUUAAGUCUUAUUACAACACCUUUAACAAGGUGAAAAUCAUUCCAUGGGACGACAGCUCUUCCAUUCAGAUUGAUGAGAUCUACACACCUUUGUCUUGGGUCAGAGAUCGCAGGAAGCCCAGCGUAGUGACACAAGAGGAACUUGAAGACUACACCGACAUGUUCAAGGAAAAACCAACACGAAUGCUUGUUUAUGGUCGGCCAGGAAUUGGCAAGAGUACGUUUUGUAAGAAGGCUGCAUAUGAUUGGUCGAAAGUCUUAAAAGAAGCUCUUAUGAACUUUUACAUUUUGCUGCUGAUCAAGUUGCGCGAUGUGUGUGAUUUAGAAGACAUCCGUGAUGUUUUACGCGCGUCUAAAUUGCUGGCCACUGAUGGUCCGAUCUCAGUUCAUAGUCUCUAUGAUUACGUAAUUAACAAUCAAGAUAAAGUGCUUCUUAUUUUGGAUGGCUACGAUGAGUACUGCUGUGCUAAAGAACGCUCACCCAUCCUUGCAAUCUGGAAGUGUGAACAACUAAGAGAUUGUCACGUUAUUGUCACCACGCGACAACUUAAAUGUGACGAGUUAAGAGGCCCCAGCCACGUUCAGUUAGAAAUUCAAGGUUUCAAUAGCUGGGAACAAAAAGAAUCCUUUGUGAGAAAAUGUUUGGUAGGUGAACAAGAUCCUUACGAGUUUAUACACUACCUGUAUAAAAACGGUCUCGAUGACAUGGCAAAAAUACCUCUCCUCCUACUGAUGCUGUGUACUUUGUGGAAAGAGAAACAUCACGUAGGACUGCCAAAAUCACGGGCCGACAUAUUCACACAAUUCAUUCAAACCAUGCUGGAUCACAAAGGCGGAAGUCACCAGCCUAUGCCAUUUCGGAAAGUGACCUCAACAGAAGCUAAAGAAGACCUUAGUAAUCUUGGAAAGGCUGCCUUUGAAGCACUUCUGCAAGACCGUCUUUACGUACGCUGCAGCGAACUCCCCGGCAAUAUUUCAAGAAGUUUUCAAAAAUUAAGAGAAGUUGGGCUUUUCCAGAUUGUCAAUCUUAUGAGUCUCAGUCCUGAGAAAGGGGCCUAUUUCAUUCAUAAAUCCGUACAGGAGUUCCUUGCAGCCUGGCACAUUAAGGAGGAAGUGUUGUCGAUUAAAGGAGAAAGUACGCCUAGCCUUUCCAAAGUUGAAUCAUUCGAAAAGAUCGUGAAGAUGAGUGAAGUUCUUAAAUUUGCCUGUGAGCUGUCAACAGAAGCCGCGUGCGCAGUUUUCCGUCAUGUAGGGUCCGUUGGAAGUAAGGAAUCUUUGUCGAAAUGUGAUUUUUUUAAGCUGCAUCUGGAGAAUACAGAAGUGUCUCGAAAUGUAACAUUUUAUCUUGAGCUUAUCUCGCAUAGCUACUUUUGUUGUUCGGCCGAGAAGAGGCGAGAUCUCCGUUCAGUGUUUCUCUCUUACACCGGAGGUGUUUUGUAUCUUGAUUCUAACCAGCUGAACAUUACUGCAAAUGAACAUUUCCUUAAAUCUGACAUGAUACCCGACUUUAUCUUUUUUCUUCCCUUCAUGAAUUCUUCAGAGAAAAGCUAUCGAGACUUGAUCACUGUAGCGGAGGACACAAAUGCUGUAUUUUUGAGCUGUUCGGGCGAAAAGAAAGCCGCAGAUUUACUGAAGAAGUUCCCGCGUCGUCCUGUGGGCGAGUUCUUUUUGAAGAGAGAGGGAAAAAUCGUCGUUUAUGUUUAUCAAAUACGCAAAGAAAGGGAUGGUAGCACUUUUCCGACUGAAAUGCUGCGAGAGCUCAUUUCACCAACAGCAAAGUCUACUCAGGUGACGCGUCUUGUUGAUCCUUUGAAUGAACACGACAGCGAAACAGCUUCGAGUUUGACUCAGAACACUGAUAGAAUCACUGGUCCUACUCCUCAGAGCCUUUCCUGUGUGAAGCAGAUUUAUAUUGUCGACAUAGAAAGGCAAGAGAUAGAGAUGCUGGCUGAUUUCUUACCACUUUUCACUGCUCUCCGAUGGUUAGGUAUUUUUGGUAAACCCUCUGAAAUCAUUGAUGCUCAGUUGACAGAGACCCUGGUGUCUCGUAUCAUCUUCACUGACAAAUUUCACACAUUAGUACUUACUAAUAUCAAUUUAACAGCCAAACCUGCCAAAGUCAUCGCCAGAUCUCUGCACCAGGCUCCUAGCCUGCGACACCUCGACAUGUCAGAGAACCCUCUUGGUAAAGGAGUAAGUGUUCUUACUCAACAUCUCAGCUGUGUUCCUCACCUGGAGAUGCUGUGGCUUUCUAAAGUUAAAAUGACAAAGCAGCAAGUGAAUGAGUUGAGUGCAACUGUACGUCAGAGUAACAUCUACUGGUUGAAAACAGAAUACCACGUAAGU